UUUUUUUUUUUUUUGCUUUUGUUUUUUCUUUCUUUUGUGUCUCACUGUUACCCUAGUUGGCUUGAAACUCUGUGUACACCAGGGUGGCCUUGGACUCAUAGUGAUCCACUAGCCUCAGUGUUUGUCUCCACUGGCUGCAAACAGUUGCACACCUCCCACCGUAGUCUCCUGAAUGGUGGGACUGUCUGUGUGUGCCACCUUGCCUCAGCUUUCUCUUUUUACCCUCCAUAUGGACAGACACUUUGAUUUUCCCUUCCAGGGACACUGUAGACAGGGAGAGCCUUGUGGCUUAAGAGCAUUUUACUUUAAAGCUUUAAAGCUUUAAAGCAUUAAUUUAUAUCUUUUGGCUUCCACUGUUGCUAUUAGAAAGUCCAAAGACAUUUUGGUCCCCAACUUAAUAUUUCUUCCUCUGGAAUAUUAACUGUUUUAUGUCUGGAUAUUCUGAAAUUCAAAUCCCCCCCGCCCCGUGUGUGUGUGUGUGUGUGUGUGUGUGUGUAAUUUUUGGUCCAGGUCAAAUUUUUAUUUAAUGAUUUUCUUUUUUGUGUUUUUUUCUUUUUCUUUUUUUUUUUUUCAUGGACUUUGCUAAAAUGAUCACAUACUUGAGUUCUCUAGGUCUAGGCUUUUAUUAUUUUUUUAUUUUUAUUUAUUUCUCUUUUAGUGUUCGUAUGUUAUAGUUUUGGCUUAUUUCCCAUUUUCUUUCUUGCUCUGUGAUCUGUGGAUGCCUUAUUUUAAGCAUGGCCUAAGUGGAAGAUAUAUAUGAGUGGUGCCUGGCGGCUAUUAACAUUUCUUGUAGAUAGGCUGAGCAAGUAAUUCUCUUUUUUGGUGGUAGACCCUUAACUUUUCAUUAUAUAAUUUUGCUUAUUCUUAGGUGUGCACUGUUUCUCAGUUUGAGCUUUCUAAUUACCUGUUUCAAGAAGGUGGCUAGGGAGUAUCAUUUUAACUUUGUUUAUUUGGUUUUUGUUUGCUGCUUUACCUACCAUUUUGAAGACUACAGCUUUGCUGGAUUAUUCAUUGAAAAAAAUUCUAAAAAGGAGCAUUUAAUGUCUUACUAGGUAGAAGAAUACAUGUUCACCUUUAGUGAACAAGAGCAUGUUCCCAAACUCAAUUUUGGGCCGUCCACCCUUCACUCCAAACCACCAACAGCAUAAUAAUUUUUUUGCUCUCUCACCAACUCUUUAUUCACACCAGCAACUUAUAGAUGCACAAUUCAACUUUCAAAAUGUAGACUUAUCUAGAGCUGUGUCCUUACAGCCCCUGACGUAUGGAACUGUCAGCCCAAUACAGACCUCAACAUCCCCAUUAUUUCGAGGAAGGAAGAGAAUAAGCGAUGAAAAAAACUUUCCUCUUGAUGGUAAACGGCAGCGUUUCCAUUCACCCCACCAAGAGCCAACUAUAAUUAACCAGAUAGUGCCUUUAUCAGGUGACAGAAGAUAUUCCAUGCCACCAUUGUUUCACACACACUAUGUACCAGAUAUAAUCAGAUGUGUCCCACCUCUUCGAGAAAUUCCAUUGUUAGAACCUAGAGAAAUCACACUGCCUGAGGCUAAAGAUAAGUUGAGCCAGCAGAUACUAGAGUUGUUUGAAACUUGUCAGCAGCAAACAAGUGACUUGAAGAAGAAAGAACUCUGUAGAGCACAGCUGCAGAGAGAGAUUCAGUUGCUUUUCCCACAAAGCAGACUUUUUUUGGUUGGAUCGUCUUUAAAUGGAUUUGGUGCCCGGAGCAGUGAUGGUGAUUUAUGCUUGGUUGUUAAAGAAGAACCAGUAAAUCAGAAGACUGAAGCACGACAUAUACUCACCUUAGUCCAUAAACACUUCUGUACUAGACUAUCUGGCUACAUUGAGAGACCUCAGCUGAUUCGUGCAAAAGUGCCAAUUGUGAAGUUCAGGGAUAAAGUCAGUUGUGUGGAAUUCGACUUAAAUGUAAACAAUACUGUUGGAAUUAGAAACACAUUCCUUCUCAGAACUUAUGCAUACCUUGAAAAUCGAGUUCGUCCAUUAGUGCUGGUGAUUAAGAAGUGGGCAAGUCACCAUGAGAUAAAUGAUGCCAGUCGUGGCACUUUAAGCAGCUAUAGUCUUGUAUUGAUGGUUUUGCACUAUUUACAAACCCUACCUGAACCCAUCCUUCCAUCCCUCCAAAAAAUUUACCCAGAAUCUUUUAGUACUUCUGUACAGCUGCACCUUGUACACCAUGCUCCAUGUAGUGUUCCUCCUUACCUCUCAAAGAAUGAAUCAAGUCUUGGGGACCUCUUACUGGGCUUUCUUAAAUAUUAUGCUACAGAAUUUGACUGGAACACUCAGAUGAUUUCAGUUCGUGAAGCCAAAGCCAUCCCAAGGCCUGAUGACAUUGAAUGGAGAAAUAAAUACAUCUGUGUCGAAGAACCUUUUGAUGGAACUAAUACUGCCAGAGCUGUACAUGAAAAGCAGAAGUUUGAUAUGAUCAAGGAUCAAUUUUUAAAGUCAUGGCAGAGAUUGAAAAACAAGAGAGAUCUGAACAGUGUUCUACCUUUGAGAGCUGCUACCCUGAAAAGAUAACCGGUCUCCAAUUCUUAAAUUCUUUCAAGAAAUAAAGAACAAUGGUUACGUCAUAAUUCAUAUUGUUUACCUCCAUCAUGGUUUAUUUUUAAUGUUUUUGUUUUCGUGUUUUAUUUUUAAAGGGCAUACUUAUAUAAAGAUUGCAUAUUUUAUUAUGACAUUUCCUAAUAAAUAAUAUACUCUUUGAUUUAAAAUGUAUUUUUGAAACUGUUUACAUCAAUGAUUAGUAGUAUUAUGGCAUGACUUUUCAGCAUAAAAUGUAUUUUGAGAAAUUACCGAAACUAUUAAGGUUUUGAUAUAAUUUUAAGUAAUUGUUCCACAUGCUUAUAUGAAGAACUCUAUGGAAUUUUGCAAAGGACCUAAGUAAUACAUACUUAUAGUUAACUGGUGGUAAACAGAUGUCUAGCUCAGUUCUAGUCAAGUAAAGAUUCAAGUCAGUUAUUCAGUUACUUGAAGCAAACGAAAUCUUUCAUUCAGUGAAAUCACUGUGGAGUCUUGAAAUACUGGACAAUUGUCUUAAGUCUUCACUUGACUCCCUGGGACAGACUGUCUUUGAGGUUGUGCCUGUGUUCACACAUUUGCUUUGAUAGACUCUGGAGGUUGCUUAAGAUUUUGUGUUGAAACAAUACAUUUUGCACUGUUGUAAUGGGAGCACUAAAAGCAGUUAGUGACUUGUUUAUGGACUGUUUGAAAGUCUCUUGCUUAGAUAUUUGGAAAAAAUGAAAUUUCCUAUGCUUUCUGAUAGCACAGCGCACUGUGCACUGUUGCUUUACCUCCGUUUUCCUGAUCUUAUUUUCUUCAUGAUAGGAAACAGCAGAAAACUGAAACAUCAAGGUUGAGAUUAUAUCCUAUUUGUAGAACCAGAUUUCUGUGGAUUAUAGUCUAAACUGGAAAUUUUAGGCAGUAAGCCACUACAAGUGUUUUAAGACAAAAAGUUAUAAAUAAAAGUUUAAUGUUUAUACAAAAAUCUUUUUUAGUAUUUCUUUUCCACAUGAGAGUAGUAGCUUCAGAUACAAGCUAUCCUGUUUAUUAAGAUUGUUUUUAGUUUAUGUAAAUAUUUGUACCUGUAAAUUUAAAUAUAAAAAGUAAUCUGGAAGACAGUUUUAACUUUUUCAAAGAUUGCAGACUUCUUGUAGACCUACAGUGGUACAGUUUGUACCACUAAACUAUUUUUUGCAGACCAAUUAAAAAACUAAAACUUCUUUCUUUUACUUACAAAGGGUGCGUUUUUUUUUCUUCUUCUUAAGUUUAAGUUUUUGUAUGAUGUCAAAUGAAAUAAAGUUUAUAUCUGGAAA